AGACUAACUCCCAGCUCUCAGUUAAUGUUGGAACUUACACAAGUCUGAACAAUUAAGACAAAUAUGAAAACAUCUGUUUUAGGUUUCAUUUGUGAGCCUUCAAGUCUCAGUUUGAUGUUGACAGAUAUAAAACAGCCAAUGAGGAGCAGCACCAUGUCUAAAGAUUUAAAUAGAUGAUGAGGUGGUUACAUUUAUGUAGAAUUAUUCAAAUAAUGAAGCAGAGCAACGAAAUACGCAUGAAGGACAAACUGUUGGAUUUUUUUAAAUAUUUUUCUUCUAAAAGUGACCUGGUGGACAGAGCAGUUUGACAAACAGCAGACAGGAAGUCAACACCUGCUGCUUUACGUUUCAUUUUCUCACCUGUUUGUAGGUCCUCUCUGCUACACUGAGCAGGAAGAACAGGAACCACAUAAAGCUGAGCGAGCCAUGCUGAUCAACAAGUCGUCAGAGCCAGAGCCGCUCCCGGCGCUGCUGACAGGAUGAGCAUCAAGUAGACUUGAACACCGAGUUUCACUGUUUCAUCGUUUCAGAAACAGAAAUAUUUGAACAUGAAGAAGAAUCUAACAGGAAACAGGUACAAACAAACGUGAACUUCACUGAGGGCCAGUGAACCACAGCUGUUGGCCCCUCCCCCUGUGCUCUGAUUGGCUGGCGGGCCGUUGACCCAUGGCUGAUUUAUGCCCAGCUGAAAGGUCGAUGGCACUUGUGGAGCACUGACAGAACCGGUACCAGAACAGACAUCAUGCUGUCCAUCCCUGAUCUGAUCAAGAAGAAGAGAGACGGAGGACAGCUGAAUGACGAAGACAUCAAACUCUUCAUCGAGGCUGUUACAUCUAACACCAUCCAGGAGGGUCAGACAGGGGCCAUGAUGAUGGCCAUCUGGUGGAGAGGGAUGGUCACCGAUGAGAUUCUUACCCUGACCAGGGAGAUGAUGUCAUCGGGGGAGGUGAUGUCAUGGCCAGAUGACUGGAAAAGUCUGGUAGUGGACAAACACUCCACAGGAGGGGUGGGGGACAAAGUGAGCCUGGUGUUAGCCCCGGCGCUAGCUGCCUGCGGCUGUAAGGUGCCGAUGAUCAGUGGGCGGGGCUUGGCUCACACAGGAGGAACUCUGGAUAAACUGGAAUCGAUCCCAGGGUACAACAUCCAUCAGUCUGCUGAYCAGAUCCGGGCCAUCCUGGCCUCAGUGGGCUGCUGUAUCGUGGGGCAGACMGAGACGCUGGUCCCGGCAGAUCGAGUCCUGUACGGUGUGAGGGACGCCACCAGCACCGUGGACAGCCCACCRCUCAUUACUAGCUCCAUCAUCUCUAAGAAAGGAGCAGAGUCUCUGUCUGCUCUGGUUCUGGAUGUGAAGUUUGGACGAGCUGCUCUCUAUAAAGACCUGCAGGAAGCUCAAGAGCUCGCUCAGCUGCUAGUGAGUGCAGGUAACRGUGUGGGCGUUAAAACGGGCGCGGUGCUGAGCCGUAUGGACGGGACGAUCGGCCGGUGUGUGGGGAACAGUCUGGAGGUGAUCGAGUCUCUGGAGGCGCUGAAGGGAAAUGGACCCGAGGACCUGAUGGAGCUUGUCACGACGCUCGGCGGUCUGUUGCUGAAGAUGACUGGCAUCGUCUCCAGCCUAUCAGGGGGCAGGAAGCAGAUUUCCCACGCUGUGAUUGGUGGUGCUGCCCUGUCCAAGUUCGAGGCCAUGCUGGUGGCUCAGGGCGUCACCGUGGAGACGGCCCGGUCGCUUUGCUCCGCCGACACAAAUUACCACAGCGUCCUGAGGAAAUCUGAGCAUCAGAUGGAGCUGCCAGCUCGGGCUGGAGGUUUAGUUCAGGACGUGGAUGGUUUGGUUUUAGCUCAGGUUCUUCAUAAAUUGGGGGCGGGGCGCUCUAAAGCUGGAGAUCCUGUCAAUCACAGCGUGGGGGCGGAGCUGCUGGUGUCACCUGGUCAGACAGUGAAGACAGGAGAGUCCUGGCUGCGGCUUCACUACGAGGAUCCGGUUCCGACGCAGGAGCAGAUCGACUGGCUGCAGGGAGCGCUGACUGUUGGAAUAAACAACAACAAACAAACAGGAAGUCACAGUUUAGUGGCAAAACUGAUGCUUCCUGACUGAGACACAUUUUUAAUGACUGAUCUGAUAACUUAAAAAAUUGCAUUGUGUUUGUUGUAAACAAUAAAAAAAAAUCAACACAAAUGGGUUCAAACUGUGUGCAUUUAAAACUGUGCAAACACCGCCCUCUUCUGGACAAAAAUGAAAUAACAU